AUGGGUAUUUUUGAUUUAUGUAAAGUAGGUUUCACUCAUGUUAAAGGUAUCAUUGCAAAACCAUGGGCACAAAUUCAAAAGAGAACUAGAGAAGAAUUUGCAAAAAGAAUAAGAAUUCAACAAGAACAAAAAGAACAACCAACCACCAAACCAACUAAUAUAAUAUUAAAUGAAUCAUUAUUAAAAAAUAAUAACAACCAUACAACCCCAUCAUUGUCAGAACCAAUUGAAACCACUCCCACUACCACCACAAAUAUUGAUACUCCAAUCACAACACCUGUUACAAACAAUAAUAAAAACAAUAAAAUUUAUAUAGAUUUAGUCAAUAUUAAAGGAAUUGGUCCAAAGACCAUUAAAGAGCUUAAUGGAUUUGGUAUAACAACUUCAGAACAAUUAUCACAAUUAUCUGAUGAAGAAUGUGAUAAAUUUAAAUCAAAAAUUAAAAAGAUUUAUUCUUUUAGAAGUGCUUCACAAGCAUUAGUACAAAAUUAA